AUGUGGAGCAUUCUACUGAUAGUGGCGCUGGCGUCGACCGCGCGUUCUAAACAAAUUCCUGUCACUACCGAACUGGUAACCACGUCAGUGGCCACAGCAACAGACCUGACCACGACUCCAUGGCCCGGAGCCCUGGCGCCACUCGAUACACUCACCGUCGCGUGCGAGCGGGACAACAUGCACGUCACUAUCUCACUAGCGCACACCGAGCCCUACGAGAACAGUAUCUACGAUACAUUCAACGGGAUAGUGUAUCCUGCAGGGCUGGGGAGUAACUCCUCGUGCCUGCGGGAGUACGUCGCAGCGCGCGGUGAUCUCCAGUACACGCUGCCCCUUAAAGGUUGCAACACCAUGUCCAUUGAUGAUGAGGAUGGCACGGUGGAGUACUUCAACAAUAUAAUAGUGCAGCCACACCUGAAGCUAGUGACGGGGCAAGGGCGCGGGUACCACGUGCGAUGUCGCUACCGUCGCCGCGACCUCACCAUGUUCAACCUGCAUCGACCGCAUGCCGACCGACUUACGCAAUCCAGAGAUGGAUACAAUAGUGACGAGUUUGAUGAGGAUUCGGGACUACUGCCGUCGGUUACGAUGAAGAUUUACAAAGGAGACCCUAAGGAUAAACAGGUCGCAUCGAACGUGCGCAUUGGUGACACGCUGACACUGCUCGUGUCGCUGGAGCGGCAGCGACGUUACGGGUUGCUCGUGUCAGAGUGCGCAGUACGCGACGGACUCGGUUGGGCCGAACAGAGUCUCAUCACCGACGACGGGUGCCCUUUGGACGGCGAGAUAAUGGGCCAGUUCCAGUACUCGCGCGAGCGUCAGGAGGCGCGCGUGUCGUUCCCGGCGCACAAGUUCCCCUACACGGCCAGUGUGUACUACACCUGCGAGGUCAAGCUUUGCGACCUCAACCACCCGACAGACUGCCAACCGUGUGCACACAAAAAAGGCAACCGUCUACGUCGGCAGUCGGAUGAUGGGGAGCCCGCCACAGUGGAGGUUUUCUCUGGCCUCUAUGUGAAUGAACUUGACUCGCCCGAAAACGAUGAUGUCAUCAGCGAGAAGAAAGAAGACGAAAUCUGCAUAUCACAACGCAUCUUUGCGAUAGCUAUCUGCAUCGCUGGCGUUAUCCUCAUGAUAUGCGUCAUUGCGGCCAUAGCGUUCAUACUCGCGCGCAGACGAAACCCGAAGACGUACUCGCGUACAGGCAGCUCACUGUACAGCGGACCCUACACUAACACCGGCUACUCGCAUACGAGUUAG